AUAAUGCUAUAGCCACCGCCUUCUAGAUUCCUAAACCAGUCCCAGAUCAAUUUGAGAGCAUAGCUUUCCACAUUGAUCAUAUUUAAACCCUACGCCUGCACGGGCCAGGGGUUCUGCAAUAGUACUCGGCCCCCAAUUACACACCGUCAUCAACAAUCUGACCCUCACAACAGCCAUGACCGACUCCGGCAAAGUCUACCACCGAUCGUGCACCGGACAGCUCUCCAAACCCUGUUUUUGCCCAUUCGUACAACGCGUAUGGGCUGCGCUUGAAUAUCUCGAGAUUCCUUACAAAUAUUACGAAGUCGAUCCCUAUCAAAAAUCGCAAGAACUACUAAAUGUCUCGCCAAAAGGCCUAGUCCCAGCGCUCAUGCUCAAUACUUUCGAUCCGCCUCGUGCGCUCAACGAAAGCACCGUCAUCCUCGACUUUCUCGAAGAUAUCGCUGCAAAGUCAACGCACAGAAGCCUCUUCCCGCCAUCAACAGAUCCAUAUGCGAAAGCGCUCGUCCGGCUCCAAUCAGAUCAUAUCAGCCGAAUGCUCGUGCCCGCGUUUUACAAGUAUCUUCAAGCUCAAGAUCCAGAGGCGCAAAUUUCUGGAGGGAGAGAGUUUCACGCAGCUAUUCAAUCAUUGGUCGAGCUUUUCGAACGCGCGGAAAGAGAGGUAGGGGGGACAGGGCUUUGGGUUGAAGGUGGCGAUUUGGGAUUGGCGGACGUCGUGGUCGCACCAUGGAUAUUUAGAGCGACUAAUGCGUUGAAGCACUACCGCGGGUUUGAAAUGCCGCGAGGAACCAAAUUCGAAGCUUGGCUAGGGAGGCUUUUCGAGCAUCCUGCGUUUAAGAAGACUUGUAGUGAUGAAGAACUGUAUCUGGACAGUUAUGAGCGUUAUGCAUUUAAUCGCCCGAACACGAGUCAGGUGGCUAAUGCGAUUAAUAGCGGGAGGGGCUUACCUUGAGCGAGACAUGCAGAAAUCUAAUAA